AUUUUUCAUGCCCAUUUGCUGCUUGUUGCUUAAAAAGAACGAAACAACGAAAGAACAUUGGACUUUUGAACCCGUAAAGUCAACUGAGGGAUCACUGUUCCAGACUGCACUUUUUCACAUAAUUUGGUUCUUCAGAGAGUCUAGAUCAAAAUGGCUCGAGUACUUGUUGGUGUAAAAAGAGUUAUUGAUUAUGCGGUUAAGAUACGGGUCAAGCCGGAUAAAACUGGAGUUGUUACAGAAGGAGUCAAGCACUCGAUGAAUCCCUUUGAUGAAAUUGCUGUUGAGGAAGCAGUGAGAAUGAAGGAAAAAAAAAUUGCUCAGGAAGUUGUGGCAGUGAGCUGUGGGCCGGCUCAAGCCCAAGAAACCCUUAGAACAGCUCUGGCAAUGGGCGCUGAUCGUGGCAUACAUAUAGAAAUUUCAGGAUCUGAAUACGAGACUCUCCAACCAAUUCACGUUUCUAAAAUUCUCGCUAAAAUUGCUCAAGAUGAAAAAGCUGAUUUAAUUAUUGUUGGAAAACAGGCCAUCGAUGACGAUUGCAACCAAACAGCACAAAUGAUUGCCGGCACUUUGGAUUGGCCAGCUGGAACGUUUUGCAGCAAAAUCGAGCACAGUGACGGUAAAUUAAUGGUGACCCGGGAAGUCGACGGUGGUUUGGAAGUGGUAAAUGUAAAAACACCAGCCGUUCUGAGCGCGGAUCUUCGUUUGAAUGAGCCUCGUUAUGCGACCUUACCGAACAUUAUGAAAGCAAAAAAGAAGCCAAUUAAAAAAUUGACACCCAAAGAUUUGAAUGUUGACAUAGCUCCAAGAGUAGAUAUAAUAUCUGUAGAAGAACCGCCGGUAAGACAAGCUGGAUCCAUUUUACCAGAUGUUGAUGCUUUGGUUGGUAAAUUGAAAGAGGGUGGUCACGUAUGAGCAAGUAUUGUUGAAAACUUGAGCUAUGCAGUGGUUCAGUCCCAAGUGUUAUUGAGCCUAAACAAUUGUUAUAUUUCCAAAUCAUCGUUUAUAUUAUAAAAGAAUGGAAAACAAAUAUUACUCAUAUAUUUUUAACUGCAAUAAAACUAUACGUUGUGAUUUUUAA